AUGAAACGAAGACGUUGCUGCCUUUGCUCCAAGAACGCUUUGCGAACCGUGCCAACAAAUAUCACCAUACUCGGAACAGAAAAGUCCAAUGCAACACCUUUGCUAUGCAAUACACAUUACAACAAUAUCAAUAAUUUUAAAAACACCCACCACAUCAGCAACCCUGUUACCAUUGAAAUUCAAAAACAACCAAAAGGAGUGAAAGAUAUCAUUUCAAUCGUUACCGAUAAAUUCGGUCAAUGCAAACAUUCCGACAACAAGUGCUGUAGUAAUUGCAAAGAAGGUAAUACGCGAUGUAAAGGCAUCUCUUUCGAAAAAGUGAGCCAUUUAUUAACAGUAUCGGGAAUCAUAUCACACAAUGGCCACAGCUUCGGAAGUGUGAAUUUCAAUCAUCAUGGCGAAUUUUGUUUUUUUAGUGUAGACUGCAAUAAUUGCAAUCUCAACAAAUAUGGAGUUUGUGAAAAAUGUUAUGAAUGCUAUGAAACAAAAUUACGCCAUUAUCAGCGAACAAUUGAAAACCAAAAUACCAAAACAGCUCACCUCGCUGCAAGAACACAAGAAUACAAAAAUGUCAUCAAAUCAUUGAAGGCAAAAAUCUCUCGACGAGAUACUACAAUUAAGAAUUUCGAAGAAUUAAUUGAAGAAAAAGAUCAAAAACAUUAUUUGAUAGAACUUCUCUCGAUUGCGCUAGAGGAAGGAAAGUUACAUGAAACCCAGUUCUUUUAUCAAUUAUUAGAAAAUACUUUGCAAAAUUUGGUUUCGUCGAAAAAUGUUAACGGUUUUCGAUACAAAGAGUGUAUCAUUCAUUGGUGUUUAUUACUUCGAUUUUAUGGUGGUUCUUGUUUGUGGAAUAUUUUGAAAGGAAAUUCUCCCGGUGAAACUAUAACAUCUGAAAACGCAUUAGAUAAGCUUAAUCUAUUACUUCCAUCUAUCUCAACAAUUAAGAGCUAUCUUCCAGACUUGUCUUUUGGUAACCUUGUCGACAGUGAUUUGAAAGAUAUUGUUAAAGCCAUGGCAUUGAAUAAUAUUAGUAAUAAGAUCAUAAUUUCAUAUGAUGAAAUAGAGAUUAGAGGAGGAUUAUGUGUGAUGAAAAGUACUGGAAAAGUAAUUGGAUUCACAAAUUGCAAUGAAAAGUCUUUUGAAGAUAUAUAUAACGCAAAAAGAGAAAUUACACCAGACGAUAUUGCUAGUCAUGUGUGCCAGUUUUUUGCAACAACUAUUGACGGUGAGAUGUCUUUUCCUAUUUGUUUUGGUGGUCACAAAUCAAACCAUUAUGAAUUUACUACAAAGAAAAUGACAGAAAUUAGAGAUCAAUUCAAACGAACUUCUUAUGGAGAUUAUGUUUUAGAAGUGGUUGGAGGUUGUAUUGAUGGAUUAGCUGGUAAUUAUCAAUAUGCAACGAUGAACGAUGUUCAAACUGGAAUGAGAAAAAACAAUUAA